AUGCAGUGGCGUUCUCUUGCUGCCCUGGCAGCACUCCAGUUAGCGCAUGACGUCGCAUAUGCGCAACAGAUGAUGCGCUUCUCGUGCCCGAAGCUAACCAUCGAGCGUUUAGACCCGCUGGUCUCGCCAGGUAUGGAACAGUCACCGCAUAUGCAUCAGGUCGGCGGCGGAAACUCGUUUCGAGCGUCUAUGCCACCCGUUGAUUUCGAUCCUGUGAAGGAGUCGACCUGUACUUCGUGUACCUUUGCCGAGGACUUCUCGAACUACUGGACUGCCAACUUGUUCUUCAGGGCUCGUAAUGGGACCUUGAAACGCGUACCACAACUGGUGAAUAUGGGCCUGAAAGCCGACGGGGGUUUAACCGUGUAUUAUAUCCCACCGUAUGAUGGCAAGACUAAUGUUACCGCAUUCAAACCGGGGUUCCGUAUGCUGGUUGGGGACCCGAUGCUACGACAAGCUGAAGGCCAGCAGCGACAGAUUUGCCACCGGUGCUUCAGCACGAUUAACCAGGUGCCGUUCGGCGGCGCACCUUGCACGGGCGACGAUACAGCAUCCCUUCCUCCUGGGAUUCACGUCGCAUACCCUGAGACCGGAUCUUCCGAGAGCGGCGGCCCUUGUCCGGCCAGUCAUCCCGUCAAGCUCCCACAGUUGAUGUAUGAAGUUAUAUGGGACGACGGGUCUCAGCCCCUGGUUUAUAAUAUGGGAGAUGGUUCCGGUUACGGCCAACGUGGUGACUACCUCUUCGGCUGGAAGGACGAUGCCCUCCAGAGAGCAUUGGAUGCUCGUUGUAGCAACGAUCGUUGCGCACAGCUUAAAUCGCAGACUUCCGAUGAUGCGAUGCGGUGCACACUUAACCAGGCCGUUCCAGAGAAGUACGAUGGAUGGCUCAACCAGCUCCCUGGUAAUUGGACUAUCACUUACAGCUAG